CUGAAAUCGAUCGCGUUCUGAAGAAGGUUGCCGAAGGAGUUGAAACCUUUGAAGGAAUUUUUGAUAAAAUUCAAGCAACUACUAAUUCUAAUCAAAAGGAAAAAUUAGAGCAAGAUCUGAAAAAGGAAAUUAAGAAACUUCAAAGGCAUCGAGAUCAGAUAAAAACAUGGAUAUCUUCAAAUGACAUCAAGGAUAAGCGUGCAUUGAUUGAAAACCGGCGUAAAAUCGAACAGCAAAUGGAAAAGUUCAAAGCUUGUGAAAAAGAAAUGAAGACAAAAGCUUACUCCAAAGAAGGUCUACAGCAGUCGAUAAAGAUGGAUCCUAAAGAAAAAGAAAAGAUUGAUACAUGUGAAUGGGUGUCUAAUCAAAUCGAUGCACUUAGCACCCAAAUUGAAACUGCUGAAGCUGAAGCUGAAUUACUUCAAAGUGCUGUCAAGAAAGGCCGAAAAGAUGCUACAAAGGCUGAUCGGCUAGGUGAAGUGGAAAAUACGAUAGAAAGGCACAAGUUCCAUGUGAAUCGGUUAGAAUUAAUAUUGCGACUAUUAGAAAAUGGUAACAUUCCUGCAGAAAAGGUUAUUCAAAUCCAAGAUGAUAUCAAAUAUUAUGUUGACAAUAAUCAGGAACCCGAUUUCGCCGAAGAUGAAAAUAUAUAUGAUGAACUGAAUCUUGAAGAGGAGGAGGAAUUAUGGGGCAUUACAAAUGAAGAUCAUCAUAGUAAUGACGAAUCCAAUUCUGAUGAACCACGGACGCCACCGAAGGACCCUUCAAGUCCGGCAACGUCACCAACAACGAGAAUUGUUGUGCCAAAACCUCCUAUACCUGCAUCUGCUCCAACAAGAAAAACUAGCAAUCCUCCAGAACCAUUAUCACAACGUUCGAAAGAAGAAGAUAAACAAAAACUUCCUCCACCAGCAAUAUUAACUAGUUCUUCAAUAACAUCUGUUAAUAGUCUUCAGUCACCACCAUCCACAUCAGCUGCAUAUCCUCCAUUAAAAUCUGCUCCUCUUACUGGUCCGACACGAACAUUAGCUGCAGUAGUAGCAAAGCAAGGCAUAGAUACAACGCCACCAGUAUCUACGCCACAGCCAUCGCCAGCUGAUAUUAAGAAAGAUCCUUUGAGCGAUUCUGAUGAUACCAGCCGGCAGCAUUACCUGCAAUCUAAUGAUGUCCAGCAGAAACAACCCCAAAUACCACUACCAUCAUCACAAUCCAUAAAUCAACAGCGUGAAAAUCUUUUGCCCUCACAAGAGCAGCCACAACCUCGAGAAAUACCUUCUGUACAACCGCCGGCACCCACUCAUUCAUCACAACCGUCAGAUACAAGUUUAUCCGAACAAAAUAAAAAAGAAGGGCCUUCCCAGCAUGAACCUCCAUCAUCGGCGGAAAAUCGUAUCCCAGCAGCGCUUGCUGAUCUCGUACAGUCAUAUGAAGCUGCUGAAGAGAAAUGUAAGCAGCGGGCCCUGGGUAAAGAAGAUGGUUUUCAUAUCCAACAAAUGCUAGAUGCAAGUCUUCAAUACGUUCCAGAAAGCUUAGAUGCCGAAAGACCAAAAUACUAUGCACCAAGAAACCCCUAUCACACCUCUUCUUAUUACCCACAAACACCACCACCAAUAUUUGACAAUCCUGCGUUAUUCGAGAAAUUCGAUAUCGACACACUCUUUUUCAUAUUCUAUUAUCAGCAAGGAACAUAUCAACAAUACCUUGCCGCUAGAGAAUUAAAAAAGCAAUCUUGGAGAUUUCACAAGAAAUAUUUAACAUGGUUUCAGAGGCAUGAAGAACCAAAAGCAAUUACAGAUGAAUACGAACAAGGUACAUAUAUUUAUUUCGAUUACGAAGGUGCAUGGUGCCAGCGUAAAAAGACAGAAUUUAGGUUUGAAUACCGAUUCUUGGAAGAUGCUGAAUUGAUUUAA